AUGGAGUGGCCUUGGAAUUUUCUUGUCUAUUUCAUCCCCUUCCUUUUACCAGCUCUGCUCUUCUUGAUCCGAAGGAGAUCAUCAAACUCGAGCCACCAUCGGCUUCCUCCCGGUCCGCCAGGACUACCCGUGUUCGGCAACAUGUUCGACCUUGGAACAAUGCCACACAAGACUCUCACUGACCUAACGCACAAGUUUGGUCCUGUAAUUUGGCUAAGGCUCGGUGCAAGAAACACUAUGGUAAUUCAAUCUGCCAAAGCAGCCGCAGACCUUUUCAAGCAUCACGACAUGUCAUUUGCAGGACGCACCACAACCGAAGCAAGCCGUGUGCUUGACUACCACAAGGGGUCACUGGCUCUGGCCCCUUAUGGCGCGCACUGGCGUAUGUUGCGGCGCCUCAUGACAGUUGAAAUGCUGGUGAACAAGCGCAUUAAUGAGACGACCUUCAUCCGCAGGAAGUGUCUUGACAACUUGCAGUUGUGGAUAGAAGAGGAAGCCUCAAAGCUCGAAGAAGGGCAUGGAGUUCACGUGGCUCGCUUUGUGUUUCUUAUGAGUUUCAACCUUCUUGGCAACCUCAUGCUGUCCAGGGACUUGGUGGAUCCCAACUCAAGAGAAGGGUUGGAGUUCUUUUCUGCAAUGGCUGGAUUGAUGGAGUGGAAUGGGCAUGCCAACAUGGCUGAUUUCUUUCCUUGGCUGAGGUGGCUUGAUCCACAAGGCUUGAAGAGAAAGAUGAAGAGGGAUCUUGGAAAAGCUCUGGAAAUUGCUUCUAAGUUUGUUGAGGAGCGCAUGGAAGAGAAGCAGGUGGGUGGAGUGAGAGCUAGGGACUUCUUGGAUGUGUUGCUUGAGUUUGAAGGCAAUGGGAUUGAUGAACCAGCCAAAAUUUCUCAUCGUGAUGUCAAUAUUUUCAUACUGGAAAUAUUUCUGGCAGGUUCAGAAACAACAAGCAGCACAAUAGAAUGGGCACUGACUGAGCUUCUAUGCAACCCUGAGACAUUAACCAAAGCCAAAGCUGAGCUCACUCAAGUUAUAGGGCCAAACAGAAAAGUUGAAGAGACUGACAUUGAAAAACUUCCAUACUUACAGGGCAUAAUUAAAGAAACCCUAAGAUUGCAUCCACCAAUCCCAUUCCUAAUACCAAGAAAAGCUAUGGAGUACACCAAGUUCAUGGGCUACUUUAUACCCAAAAACACUCAGGUAUUUGUGAAUGCUUAUGCAAUUGGAAGAGACCCAGAUGUGUGGGUUGAUGAGCCUAAUGCAUUUAAGCCUGAGAGGUUCAUAGGGUCAAAAACUGAUUAUAAGGGUCAGCAUUAUGAGUUCAUUCCAUUUGGGGCUGGAAGAAGAGUUUGUGCAGGUUUGCCACUGGCUCAUAGAAUGUUGCAUCUUACUUUGGGCUUGUUGCUGCACCAAUUUGACUGGUCACUGGAUGGAAGUGUCACCAGAGGCACCAUGGAUUGGAAGGAAAAGUUGGGGAUAACAAUGAGAAAGUCUCAGCCUUUACUAGUUGUGCCUAGAAAGUGCGCGGUAUAGUCACUAUAGCUUCUUUUUUUUUUUUUUUUGGUCAUAGUCUGAUCUCAUUAAAGAAAUCCAGAGAAAACAGGAUAAAAACAGAGCUAUCGCUUCAUAUGUUUUAAAAACACCACCUUUCAUUACAAAUAACGUGACACGCGAUAUGUUACUGUCUUAUUUAUUAAAAGUGAAUGAGUUCUAAAUGUACUGUAAUCUCAAACAUGUACAAAUGAAAUACUUGUGCAUCAGUUAAGAAUGAUUGUCUUAUUGUUGAAAAA